CUUCACUUCUUUCGUCAGCAAGCAUUCAUUUACGUCCUAACCAUGCAAAGGGCAAUAGCGUGGACGACGACGACGACAACACCAUGCAGGCGGCCAGUCAAUAGAUCGUUUCUUCGCUCGCAGCCAUGGAGAUGCUUUGCAACGGCGGCGGAUCCACCACCGCGCCCAUCAUCGUCCAAGUCGCCUUCAUCCUCGUCAUCAAAUCAAUACGCAAACUCUCCCUGGCGACGGCCCCUUGGCUCAGCUCAGACGCUCACGCUACUCAGCAGCUCCUCGCGUGCCCUUCUCUUCGCACUCGAGCAAUCCCUGCAAGGAGCAAUCAAGGCGAUAGAGAAGACGACCCCCGCAGGUGAACAGGGCAAGCAAGACCAAGACAGCUUCACCUUGGUAUUCGCAAUUGACAAGACAUUGCCCAAGGAGGUGUUAGGAGGAGCAACUCAGAUGCUGAGAGAUGUAGCCAUGCCGCACGUUGGCGUCUUGUGCGAUCCAUUGCCAGAGGCAUGGUUGCCACCCGCUGCGUUGGGGGAGGCGGCUUCCUCCUCGUCUUCUUCAGCUUCAUCCUCGCAAUCCCCACUGCUGCAUCUCGUUUCCCUCUCCCUUCUUCCCUCAACCCUCGUAACGCCCUUUGCCUCCACCAUCCCCGGCUCAGCCCCUAUCAAAGCUGGCCGCUGGGCGACGGGAAAGGCAGCCUUCGAUGACAGCCAUUCACGAGUCGACGCUCUGGCCGAGACGGAGGGCAAAGAUUGGCGGGACCUCUGGGGUCGGGAGAAUGCCGCAAAUGCCCUGCCUACUGUCUUGGAGGGAAUGAAAGCAGAGGAUGUCCUGGCAACUCUGGUAGUCGGGAGCGAUGAUGCUCCUCAAGGGCUGUUGGAGGGGCUGGACGCGAGACAUGCAAGUGGAGGAGCACCCCUCGUUGGGUCAUUGGCGAGUAAUAUCUUCUUUGAGACUGGCGGACGUGAUCGGUGUAUGUUCUACAGGGCGAGCAGUAAGACCGAGGCAGAGCUGAGGGACAAGGGAGCAGUAGGCCUCGUCUUUGCUUCACAGUCUCAGGCGGCGGCGGAGGCGAGCAGCGGCAGCCGCAGUGGGAGCAGCAAACCCAGCCUGGAGACAAAGACGCCAUGGCAACGUCUCGAGGCCCUACCGCAAGGCCGUGACUCAACGGCAAAGCCAACGCUGCGCCGCAUCACCCGUGCCAAAGGCAACAUUGUCUCACUCCUCGCUGAGCAGGACGACUUCUCCCCGCCCGAAGGUCGCAACGCCUGUCAAGCUUUCCUCCGCGACGUAGCCGAGGGGCGCAAAUCCAGUAUCACCGCUAGCUCAGAAGCGGCCGCCACAGCGAGCAAGAACAACAUGACUCCAGAAGAGCAGCGUAAUCUUUCCUCUCGCGUGGGGAAAGAGGAGCAAUUCUGGGCGGCAGUAUACCGUUCACCCCGAGAUGCGGAGGAAAAGACCCCAAGGCCUGUGCUGGUGAGCAGAAUCUUGUCGGGUCAUCCUGGCAGGGGCACUCUGUCCUUGGAGACGGACCUCGAUCUUUCAGAGGGUGGCGCGAUGGAGGAUCCUAUAGCCGGGCUGGGUACAAAGAGGGGAGAGCUCUGGAUCCAGUUCUUCAAACAGGUGGGAGAUGAGCGUGGUCAGCACCACGUCAUCGACGUUCCCGGCUCAGAUCUGGGGGCGUGGGCCCUCCCGCGCUUCUUAUUCGUUGCAGCGCUUGCUACUGAGGCUGCGGCCCCCACAUCAGCAGCAGCGUCAGCUCCCGAGGCAGGCGCGAAGCAACAGAAGGCACGCGUCCACGCCCUCCCCAACGUCUUCCUGCUGCCUAGCUCCGGCGCCCCCUCUUCCACUGCAGGAGGUAGUGACGCCGAGGAUGGAGGCGGUGGGUCCAUAUUGAAGCGUGAGGGAGGCGGCAACAGCGCCGGCACAAUGGUGAAAGGGGAAGAGGGUAAGCUCAGCAGCGAUGUUGAGCGGAGGACGAGCAUGUGGCGUUUGCCGGGGACGAGCGUUCUGCUUGAUCUCAGAGGAGAGGCCGGAAGUGGUGCUGGCGAUGGGAAGAAGUCAUCGUAAGGUACAAGUCAAUUAACAUCUAGAUGCAAUUGCAGACAAAAAGCGCUUCUAUCACCCAU